AAACAGUUUUUGACAGCAAGCAAGAGUGAAGAGAAGUGAAGUGCCCAUCAGUGCCGACAUCGAGCAGAAAAGUUUCCUGUUUUCAAAACAACAUAUUCUUUUUGUUCAAAAUUUUAUCAUAAAAUUACAUUUUACCAUGCCAUUACCACUAAUUGCACCGAAUGCAGUCGAACCGAUGCAGGUGGAUGCUCAGCCGGAAGACAACGAGAACAACGAGGAGGAUGCGUACAUCGUGGAAAAUCCUUCCAUCGAUUUGGAGGUAUACGCUAAUCAGUACACUGGACUGGCCAAGUUGCACCGGUUGAUAUACAUUGCGGACCAUUGCUCGACGCUUCGUCUGGAAGCCCUGAAGAUGGCAAUCAACUAUGUAACUACAACGUACAAUGUGACGCUCUACCAGCAUCUGCACAAGAAGCUCGCUGACAUGUCCGGCGGCAGUACACUUCCGGAUGUUGCGGCUCAGUCGAGCUCUCAGGAUAUACCAAGCUUCGAUCAAGCAUGGGUUGAAACAAAGAGCAAGAAAUCGGCUCUGAAGCUGGAAAAACUGGAUUGCGACUUGAAGAACUAUCGAGCAAACUCCAUCAAGGAAAGCAUCCGACGUGGACAUGAUGAUCUCGGAGACCAUUACCUAAACUGUGGCGAUCUGUCCAAUGCGUUGAAAUGUUACUCCAGGGCUCGUGACUAUUGCACCAGUGGCAAGCACGUGGUAAACAUGUGCCUCAACGUAAUUAAAGUUUCGAUCUAUUUGCAAAACUGGUCGCACGUUUUGAGCUACGUGGCUAAAGCAGAGAAUACUACGGAAGUGGCGGAGACUUCCAAGGAUAAGGAUCCUAAUCAAGCUGUAAUUACGCGCCUAAAAUGCGCCGCCGGAUUGGCUGAGUUGGCAACACGUAAGUACAAGUCGGCCGCAAAGCACUUUCUGCAGGCAAACUUUGAUCUGUGUGACUUUCCGGAAAUGAUUUCCACAAAUAAUGUGGCAAUGUACGGUGGACUCUGCGCCCUGGCAACGUUCGAUAGGCAGGAACUGAAGAACGUUAUUUCAAGCAGCUCUUUCAAGCUUUUCCUUGAAUUGGAGCCGCAGCUGCGUGACAUCAUUUUCAAGUUCUAUGAAUCUAAGUAUGCGUCCUGCCUUAAGUUGCUCGACGAAAUCAAGGAUAACCUGCUGCUGGACAUGUACAUUGCACCGCACGUGAAUGCCCUCUACACACAAAUUCGCAACCGAGCCUUGGUGCAGUACUUCAGUCCGUACAUGUCCGCUGACAUGCGAAAAAUGGCAACAGCCUUCAAUCGCUCGGUAGCGGCCCUCGAGAACGAACUGAUGCAGUUGAUACUGGAAGGACAAAUCCAGGCCCGAAUCGAUUCACACAACAAGAUCCUGUACGCCAAGGAUGCUGAUCAUCGCAGCGCAACGUUCGAGAAGGCUAUCAACGUGGGCAAUGAGUUCCAGCGGCGUUCGCGGAUGCUCAUUUUGAGAGCUGCCAUGGUUAAGCACCACAUCCAUGUUAAGAAUCAACCCCGUGAGAGCAGCCACGCUACGGAAAUUCUUCCAGCUACGGGAUCAUCCUCGUCACCACUGGUCCGUAACUGACUGAAUGAGGAUGAUUUUUUCUUUCGGUUCAAGAGGAAACUAAAAUAAGAUGCGAUUCGUAGAACACGUAUGGCUACCCUUGGAAGUAGAUUUUUUUAAGUCCCAUUGAAAUAACAGAAUUCAGAAUAAACGGCUUUCGAAUUUGACAGAGCAAAAAAGAAUUAAUACUUACACAAAUCCACUAAUGUAAUUGAUAUGUCAUACCGAUUAUAACUUGCAAAAUAAACAAUACUCCGGAAUCAUUACAAAUAA